UUUCCUUAUAUUUUCAGAUAUAUAUCUACAGUUUCACAUCUCUUGCUAUUGUGAUUUCAUUGAAACAUAAAUCAAUCAUACCACUAGACACAUAGUGUGCCAACAUGCUGGACUUCAGUACAUGGAGCCCUGAGGCUGUGGCAGGUGUGACGCUGAUGGCCUUGCUGCUGGUGGUUAUAAUUGUGGUCGCCUUCAUGUGUGUGCAAGCUGGUCUCUUCCACGUCAUAAACAUACAAACUAAAAAACCUGAGUUUGGGGAGUUGGUGGUGAUGUACAAGCUGGGCCGAGGCCCCUACAGUGGCUCAGGCACCCUCUUCACGGAGGCGCACAGCUUGCUGCCGCAGUACAACACCAUCGGUGUCUACUAUGAUGAUCCGGAAAAGAAAUCUUCUGACAACCUGCGCUACAUUGUUGGUCUGGUGGUGGCUCAGGAUGGAGCCUCUGCAGAUGCUGAGCACGUGACACUUCUCGAGUCCAACGGCUACAAGCGUGUUGUGCUGCCUGCCGUACAGCAUGCAGUGGUCACUGAUUUCCCUUACUGCAGCACUUUAUCCUGCAUAUUUGCUGUCUUUAGAGUGUAUCCUGCACUCAGAGAGUAUGUGGAGCGGCGGGAGCUGUGCGCCCACCCAUACCUGGAGCUGUAUGACAGUUCCUCUCAGCGCAUCCUCUUCAUGGGGCCCCUGGAGCUGCAGGAUGCCUUCUACGUCCCUGACCUGGGGGAAGACCCUGCCUCUCCUGACGAGGAUGAGGGUGGCUCUGAUGAAGGGGAUGGGGAAGAAGAGGAGAGUGAGGAUGGAGAGGAAGAAGAGGAGAAAAGUGGGAAAGAUAAGAAGGGCGAAGAAGAGGAAGGGGGUGAGGAAUGUCUGAGUAACGCAGAGCCUUCGUGUGUUACGGAGAGCAAGGACGCCACCAGCAGCAGCACCCACAACUGGGAGCAGUCUGCCUCCCUCAUGGCUGAAGGUGCCAGCCGCAGCUCCAAAGCUACUGACAAUGUCAGCUCCCUGACUGGUGAGUUGCCUGCCUUCUUACCUGACAAUGUCAGCUCCCUGACUGGUGAGUUGCCUGCCUUCUUACCUGACAAUGUCAGCUCCCUGACUGGUGAGUUGCCUGCCUUCUUACCUGACAAUGUCAGCUCCCUGACUGGUGAGUUGCCUGCCUUCUUACCUGACAAUGUCAGCUCCCUGACUGGUGAGUUGCCUGCCUUCUUACCUGACAAUGUCAGCUCCCUGACUGGUGAGUUGCCUGCCUUCUUACCUGACAAUGUCAGCUCCCUGACUGGUGAGUUGCCUGCCUUCUUACCUGACAAUGUCAGCUCCCUGACUGGUGAGUUGCCUGCCUUCUUACCUGACAAUGUCAGCUCCCUGACUGGUGAGUUGCCUGCCUUCUUACCUGACAAUGUCAGCUCCCUGACUGGUGAGUUGCCUGCCUUCUUACCUGACAAUGUCAGCUCCCUGACUGGUGAGUUGCCUGCCUUCUUACCUGACAAUGUCAGCUCCCUGACUGGUGAGUUGCCUGCCUUCUUACCUGACAAUGUCAGCUCCCUGACUGGUGAGUUGCCUGCCUUCUUACCUGACAAUGUCAGCUCCCUGACUGGUGAGUUGCCUGCCUUCUUACCUGACAAUGUCAGCUCCCUGACUGGUGAGUUGCCUGCCUUCUUACCUGACAAUGUCAGCUCCCUGACUGGUGAGUUGCCUGCCUUCUUACCUGACAAUGUCAGCUCCCUGACUGGUGAGUUGCCUGCNAGACAAACACGACACGGAGUAGAGGAGGGAAAUGGUAGAUGA